CAUGUGCGUGGUGGAAAAAUAAAUGGGACAUGGGCAAGGAUCAAGAGCUGUUGGAAGCAGCACGCAAUGGGAACAUCUCUGUGGUGGAGAAAAUACUCAGUCAGAGAGCGAAAAGGAGCGGCCCAUUGGCAAGCCUGCGGAGGGGGCCAGGCGCCAACGUACAGGAUGCCAGCGGUUACUCGGCGUUGCACCACGCCGCCCUCAACGGACACAGAGAGGUGGUGCAGCUGCUUCUGGCGCACGAGGCGUCGACCAACAUCGUGGACGGCAAGGGCUCGUCGCCGCUGCACCUGGCCGCGUGGGCGGGCAACGUGGACAUCGUGCGGCUGCUGCUCUGCCACGGGCCGUCCGUGCCCAACGUUAACCUCACCACGAAGGACAACGAGACGGCGUUGCACUGCGCGGCGCAGUACGGGCACACGGCGGUCGUUGGGCAGCUACUGGAGCACGGCUGUGACCCCGCCAUCCGGAACAGCCGCGAGGAGACCGCACUCGACUUGGCCGCGCAGUACGGCAGACUGGAGACUGUGGAGCUGCUGGUGAGGACGCACCCGGAGCUGAUCCAGCCGUACACGUGUCCAGGCGCCGUGUUCCCACACACGCCGCUCCACCUCGCCAGCAGGAACGGCCACAGGGCGGUGGUGGGCGUGCUGCUGGCGGCGGGCAUGGCGGUGAACGCGCGCACCGCGGCGGGCACGGCGCUGCACGAGGCCGCCAUGUACGGCAAGCUGGAGGUGGUGCGCGCGCUGCUCGCCGCCGGAGUCGACGUCUGCGCCCGCGACCAGCGCCGCCACACCGUCAUGGAGCUGCUGGGACAGUUCCCCGCGCACGUCACGCACGACAUCGCCGCCAUCAUCAGCCGACACCGCGAGACCGGGGGCGGUAGAUCGGGCAGCGACGACCUGCCGCCCAUCCCUGUGCCGGACACGUCGCUGGGGAGUCCCUACGAGAACGUGCGCACGCCGGGCCGCGGAGGAGGCGGCGGUGGGGGCGGCCUGCGGGGGCAGUCGCCCGCCUCCUCUCCCGGCACGUCGCCCACGCACUGGCACUACUACCGCGACGCCGACGGCGCGCCCCCGGAGCGCGAGCGCCGCGUCUCCGGCCUGUCCAGCGCCUCCGCGGCCAGCGACGGGGGGAUGUACCAGACGCCGCCACCGCCGCCCAAGUCGCUGCCGGACAGCUUCCUGUCUGCUGAGGAGGGCGACCGGAUCAGCGUGUCUUCGUCCAGCAGCCUCUACAUGCCCAUGUGCGGCUCCGGCGGCGGACACGCCAAGGUCUCGCCGACGCCCCCGAAGAAGCCGCCGCGGCGCAACCUGUCGGUGUCGCCGACGCACGCGACACCGCCGGCGCUGAUGAGCCUGUCUGCGGACAGCGGCGGGUGCCGCGCGCCGCAGGGCCACAACUACGAGUACCUGUACCUGGCGCGCAGCGGCCGCAGCCACGGCGACCUGCGGCGCGGCCGCUCGGCCGACCAGUACGUCGACAUGCGGCCGCCGGUGGCGCUGCUCGCCACCUCGGCGCACGAGGCGGGCGCCGGCGGGCUGCCGCUGCUGCGCGCCCAGAACCCGCGCCGCAAGCUGCGCCGCAGCCACCACUACGAGAACUACGAGCCGCCCGCGGCCGCGGCCGCCGCCGCGCCCCCGGCCGGCUCCACGUUCGUGUCCAACGCGUACAUCACGCUGCGGCCGUCGCAGGAGAGCCUGGCGGACGCGGGGGCGGAGGCGGCUGGCGCGCGGCCCCUGCAGACGCCGCUCAGCCCCACGCACUACCAGCAGCCGCCCACGCCCGACCACCCGCCGCCAUCGGCGCUGCAGGCCGAACGCAGCAUACACGAACGCAUCCGGCCGCUCUCCCAGGUAUCGCUCGAGUUCCUCUGCGACGUCUGA